GCAGCAGGGCGGCCGCUGCCUCCAUCCCUCCAUCCCUCCUUCCUUCCUUCCCUCCCUGCCGCCGCCAGCAGCGGAGCGGCGCCCGCACCCGCACGCCCCGCCGCCAUGCCCCGAGCCGCCCCGCUCCUGCUGCUGCUGCUGCUCGCCCUGGCCGAGCGCCGCUCCUGCCUUCCCGCGCCGGCCAGCGCCGCGCCCCCCGGCCGGGACCCCUGCCUCAGCCAGCCCUGCCGCAACAACGGCACCUGCUCGCCGCUGCCGGCGCCCCGCCGCCUCCAGCUGAUCCUGCCCCAGCCCCCGGUCGGCUACAGCUGCACCUGCCCCCCGGGGGUCACCGGCGACUCCUGCCAGUUUGUUUCAGAUCCUUGUGCCAGCAACCCCUGUCUCCAUGGUAACUGCAGCACCAGCGGGGAUGGGUACCUGUGUGUGUGCAGCGCGGGCUUUGAGGGAGCGCGCUGCGAGCGCUCUGCCCGCGGCCCUGCGGCCUCCGCGGGCACAGAGGGCACAGAGGCCAGCCCGGCCCGGCACGGCAGCCCGGCCUCGUCCACCCUGCAGCCUGACAUUGCCCUGCCCCGCUCCAGAGCCACCGUCACCUUACCCACGUGGCAGCCAAGGGCUGGACAGAGAGUUGUGGAUCUCAAAUGGGAUGAAAUCGAGAUAACCCCAGAUGUGGCUUGUGGAAAUGCCAGUUCCAAUACUUCUGCUGGAGGCCGGCUUAUCUCCUUUGAAGUUCCACAGAAUACAUCAAUAAAAAUAAGGCAAGAUGCUACUGCUUCUCUCAUUCUGCUGUGGAAGGUCACAAGCACUGGAUUUAAACAGUGUUCACUUAUUGAUGGCAGAAGUGUCACUCUUCUCCAGGCACUGGGUGGACUUGUCCUUUCUGAAGAAAUGCUUGCAUUAGGCAACAACUACUUUAUUGGUUUUUUGAAUGAUUCAGUUACCAAGUGCAUUGUGGCUCUGCGCCUGACUGUGGUGGUGAAAGUGAGUACCUGCAUGCCUGCGGGGAGCCAUCCAGACAACAUCCCAUGCUCAGGGAAAGGGAAAUGCAUCACCAGGCCAGAUGAGGCAACAUUUUUUUGUGAGUGUGAAGAUGCAUAUAAGGGUUCCCUGUGUGAAGAAUUUGAUGCCUGUCAGAGCCAACCUUGCCAGAACAAUGCAACCUGCACUGAUGUAGCACAGAAACACGACAGGAACAAUUUCACCUGCAGCUGCCUGCCUGGUUACACUGGAGAGCUGUGCCAGUCAGAGAUUGAUCAUUGCAGCCAGCAGCCGUGCCAGAAUGGGGGGACCUGCUCAUCCCACCUCAAUGGAUUCAGCUGUCAGUGCCCUGAAGGGUUUUUAGGAACCACUUGUGAGGACAAAAUUGACCCCUGUGCAUCAUCUCCCUGCCACAACAACGGAACCUGCUAUGCAGACAGACUUGCCUUCUCCUGCAGCUGUAGUCCUGGGUUUACAGGACCCACGUGCGCUCAGCUGAUCGAUUUCUGUGCUCUGAACCCGUGUGCACACGGCACUUGCCGCAGCGUUGGAACCAGCUACAGAUGCCUCUGUAUCCCUGGUUACCAUGGCCUUUACUGUGAGGAGGAAUACAAUGAAUGCCUCUCUGCACCCUGCCAGAACGGAGCCACCUGCAGAGACCUUGUCAACAGCUACGAGUGCAUGUGCCUUGCUGAGUACGAAGGAAGGCACUGUGAAUUAUACAAAGAUCCUUGUGUUAACAUCAACUGCCAGAACGGUGGCACUUGUGACAGUGAAGGUCUGAAUGCUACGUGCAUUUGUGCACCUGGAUAUGCAGGUGAAGACUGUGAAAUUGAUGUAAAUGACUGUGACAGCAACCCAUGUCACCAUGCUGGAACUUGCAUAGAUCAGCCUGGUGGUUACACCUGCCAUUGUCCUCAUGGAUGGGUCGGUGCAAACUGUGAAAUACAUCUGCAGUGGAAGUCUGGGCAUAUGGCAGAGAGCCUGACCAACAUGCCUCGUCACUCGCUGUACAUCAUCAUCGGGGCGCUGUGCGUGGCCUUCGUGCUGAUGCUGAUCAUCCUGAUCGUGGGCAUCUGCCGCAUCAGCCGCAUCGAGUACCAGGGCUCCUCCAGGCCAGCCUACGAGGAGUUCUACAACUGCAGGAGCAUCGACAGCGAGUUCAGCAGUGCCAUCGCCUCCAUCCGACACGCCAGGUUUGGCAAGAAAUCCCGACCUGCAAUGUAUGAUGCAACCCCCAUUGCUUAUGAAGAUUACAGCCCAGAUGACAAACCUUUGGUUACACUGAUUAAGACAAAAGAUUUGUAAUCUAGUGUAUCUUUUUUGGAUUAUUUUUCAAAAGGAUGGGCUACUAACCUAAUUUAAAUAUUUUUAAGAAGAAAGCAUAAGUAAUUUAAACCAUUAGAUGCUUCAGAAUUUUCUGUAGAAUAUUUAAGAACCAAUUUUCUGCAGCUUUAGUUUGGAAAAAUAUUUUAAAACAGAAUUUGUGAACUUCAUGAUUUACAUUUUAAUGUACCUUGAGCUCUAUAAAUUAUAAGCUUAUGAUAGUGUGUGCUUUUUUCUUGGUAGACACUAUUACUAAACCCAGAUGAGUUUCUUGUGGUUGUUACAGAACAGAAAACAAUAAUUAAUGAGGAGUUCUUUAUGAAAUGUCAGUGCCAGCUUUCUCAGUAGAGGUAGGAAAAAUGUGAAGCAUAAUAUGAUAUAUCAUAUAUCCAUUAAUUAAAAAAGUCUAAAAUGUUUGUGUUGUGAAAAAGAAACUAGUAAAAAUUAUUAUUCCUAAUCUGAAUGAAUUAGCUUUUGCCUUAUUCCAUGCAUGGAUAGAUAAGCUAUUCCUCCAUUAUUUCCUGAAAGUUGCUAAAACAUACUCUUGAGUUGAUGUUUGACAUUUUUGUAAUAGUUAUUCAGGCUAGGCCUUGUAUAAUAAUUAAAGUGCCUCUUGAGGCAAAGUAAGGGCAUGAUCCUUUAAACAUUGAAAUCAAUGAGAGAACUUCCAUUGAAUUCACUGGGUAUGGGAUUGGAUCCUACAAUUGGACUGAAUCUAUAUUUUUCUUUAAAGUUUUUUUAUAUUGUGAGUAAACUAAGCAUAUGGUUUGAAUUGUUUGUUUCCUAAAGGUUGUUGAUGUACAGUAUUGUUUCAUGAAAUAUUGUGUAUUUCUCAUAGUGCUUCUUAAUUAGGAUCAGUAUGGGGUUUUUGUGGCUGUAUUUGAUCGCUUAUGGGCGUCUUAAAUUCUUGCUUAUUUCAGAAAAUACUGAAUAAAAGUUAACCAGUGAAGAUUG